AUGAGAAGAAACAUCAACGAAGAUAUUGACUUAUCAUUUCUUACUACACAGAAAGAAAAGAAUAAAUUUCAAAAAUUCAAUGAAGAGGCUGAAAAGAUACUUAACCAAAUAGAAAAAUGUAAAGUUUGGACUGAUAUUCUUCAAGUAAUGCAAAGUUUUACUAAAUUUAUUAAAAAUAAUAAAAACUUCCCUGUUGUUCCUGCUAAACAAACAUUCAUGAGAAGAAUGGCACAAGCGUUAGAUCCACAAAUUCCAUCUGGAGUUCAUAUGCAAGUAUUAGAAUUAUUUGUUAUGUUAUUUGAAAGAAUAGGAGAUGAUAGAAUAGUAGAAGAUUUAUGGUGUUUUACUCCAGGAUUAUUUCCAUUAAUACGAAGUGGAGCAACAGAUAUUAGAACGAAGAUAUUAGAUAUUAUAAAUAAAUAUUUAUUAACAGUUAUAAAAAAAAUGAAAGAUAUUCAAAAAGCAUUUAUCAUUUCUGUUAUAGUUGGUAUGGAAGAAAAUUCAAGUGGAAUUAAAGACAAGACAAUUGAACUUAUUGAUGAAAUUAAAAAGGAUAAUGAGAAAUAUUUUUGGGAAUUAUGUUGGGAUAUAUUACGUUCAAAUAGUAUAAGUAGAAAACCAUUAUUAACAUAUAUGUUACUUAGACUUGAUACUCCAUUAAAAGAAGAACAAAUUUCAAAUAGAGAAUUAAUGUUGUAUAGUAUUUUAAAUACAUUUAGUGAUGAAAAAUCAUUAGUAUUAAGAGACAUGUUAGAUAUUUUAUGUACAAGAAUAAAAUUAAAUAGUGGAAUAUUUAAUGAAGAACAAUUUAUAAGUAUUGUUGAAAGAAUGUUAAUAUUAUUAGAAAAGAAAGAUAGUGGAUUAACAAGAAGAGUUCAUUUUUAUCUUUUAGGAUUAAAUACAAAAGACCAAGAUGUUGAGAAAGGUCAAAUGAUAUCAUUUUUUAAUAAUUAUUCAUCUAAAAUUAUAGAAAUAUCGUUAAAUGAAUUAUAUAAUUAUGCUUCAAAAGAAGGAAUUGAAAACAUUAUUUCUAUAUAUGAAGAAUUAUUAGGUAAACAAACUAUUGCAGAACAAGUUUUUAAAAAUGUAAUUUGUUCAAUUCUUUCAUUAUUACAAAAAGCAUUAGAAAUAAAUAAAAGAAAAGAUAUUGAUAUAAUUGUUGAAUUUUUAAAAAAUGUUGAUAUUGAUGUAUUAUUUGAAUACAUAAUUUCUUUAAUGAGUAAUGAAGAAAAAGAUUAUGCAAUUAAAAGAACGUUAGCAUUUCUUACAACGUAUCAAGGAAAUGAAGAACAAAUGAAAAAAAUGGAUGCAUUUGGAAUUAGUGUUUUACUUAUUUGUUGGAAAAAAAUGAUAGGAUUAAUAGAGUCUGGAGUUCAAAUAAAUCAAUUGGCAGAAUGUUUUGAUUUAAUAGAAUUUUGUUUAAAAGAUGAAUUUGAAGAGAAUGAAGAAAAAGAUAUUCAAUUAAUAAAAAUAACUAUUGAAGCAAAUAAAGUAUUUGAAAUUUUUAUGAAAAAAUAUAUUGAAAUCGAUACUACAAUGCCAGAAAAAAAGCUUAAUAUGUUUAUUAAAUUUUGUGAUAUAAUUAAAACAUUGCACACUAAAUUAACACCAUUUAAAAGAUAUCAAAUACAAAAUAUUAAUGAAGAGUCUAAUGAAGAAAAUGAAAAAGAAGAAGAAAUAGGAAUUGAAGGAAUUCAAAUGUUAUUACAAAAAGAAUUAAAUAAUAAUGGAUGGAUAAAAGAGUUAAAAAAAAUUAUUGCAGAACAUCCACACCCUAUUUUAAGAAUUAAAGCAGCAAAAUGUUAUUAUGAUAUUUGGAAAAAAGAAGAAAAGGAUAUACUUCAACUUGAUGAUGAAACAUUUAUUUACGAAUUAUAUCAAGUAUUAUGGAAAACAUUAGAUGAAGAUAAUUAUUCAGUAUUAACUGAUGUUGUAUUAUUUUUCCAUACAAUUGGUACUUCACAUGAACAAUUAACAUAUAAUUUUAUUACAGAAAAAUUAAAAGAUGGAAAUGAAGAUGAUUUAUUAAAAUAUAUGUUAUUUUGGAAAAAUUCAAGUUUGUUAAUUUAUGAUAUUGAAACUUCAGUUUUUAAUAAGGGUUUAAUACUAUUCUUACAAUACUAUAUUCAUCAACACCAUGACCCGUUCUUUCUUGAUUUUCUUCAAAUGUCAAUGAAUGUACAAAAACUUGAUCGUAUUCUUCCUCCAAUUAUUUCAAUUCUAUUAACACAACAAGAUGAAAGAAAUAAACAAUUAUAUGGAUUUGAAAUUAAUGAUUCAUUUUUAAUUUCACUAUUAAAUAUUAUUGAUACAAUGUUUGCUUCUUCUAAUCCUAAAUUUAUUGAAACAUUAAAACUAAUUCAAAUACCAAUGUUUCUUAAUGAAAAAUAUAAAAAAAUUGAAUAUUCAUUUGAUAAAAUGUCAGAACCAUCAAAUAUUCUUGAAUUAGUAUUUUGUGUUAUUAUGUUAUAUAUGAAAGGAAAUAAAAAGUUGAUUAACACUUCGAACAAAACACAGUUAUUUCAUUAUCAAUCUCUUGCAACAGAUAUUUUAAUUAAUAUUUUUACUUCUUAUCAAGAAAAUGAAAUAAUAAAAAGUAUUAGUAUUUCUACUCAAUACACUAUAUUACUUUCAUUUGCUGAAUCGAUUACUCAUUCUCCAAAAUUACAAUUACAUUUACUUUCUUUAGUAAAAUUAUUAGUUAGACUUUCUGAUAUAACUCAACCUGAACAAAGUAUUACUAGAUUUUCUUUAUUUCUUCAAACAAUUAUUAGUGGAAUUUGUCAAGAAAAACAUAUGUAUCGUUCUCAUUUUCUUAGAAUGAUUGAAGAAAUUAUUGAUUUUAUUCCAUCAACAGAAUAUAAAACUUCUAUAGUAUUACUUAUACAAGCUAUUUCUAAUGUUGUUUCACAAAAUACAAUAUCAAAACCUAUUUGUUUAAACACAUUAUCAGAAGAACUUAAUCCAGUACUUGAUAUUUUAAAAAAACUUUAUGAAUAUUCAUUAAAACUUUUUCCCUAUAAAUCUCAAUUUGAAGAUACUUCAAAUCAGCAAACACAACAAGUAAGUACUGGUCAACAAAUUGGAAAUGCAGUAUUAUUUAUUCCAAUGCUUGUUGUAUCUGUUUUUUCUGAUGUAAAAGGUAAUAAAGAAAAAAGAAAUAAUGAACCACAUUUUCUUACUUCAACACUAAGGAUAACUAUUCAAUCAAUAUUUGAAUUAAUCGAUGUAACUGAAAAUCCUAACAACUCUUUUAUCUUACAAAGUAAUUGUGUUUCAGUAUUGGAAAUGUUAUUUAUUUCAUUUCCACUUGAUUUUAUUGGAGAGUAUUUAUUAAUGUUUAAUUCUUUCCCUGAUAAACAUGCAUUUAUAUUUAGAUCAUUUAAACAAGAGUCUAUAGUUAAAAUGUUAUGGUCAUUAUUAGUUAUUAGUGAAGCUGGAUUAUAUGAAGAUGUAAUACCACAAAAAAUAUUUGAUUUUGUUCAAUUUAUUAUAACAAAAGUUAUAACUCCAACUGAGUUAUAUAGAACACAAAUGUAUAUUCAAUCAUUAAUUAAUCAUCAUAUGGUAAAUGAUGAAAUGGUGUUUGUCAUUAUACAUACUAUUAAAUUAUUCCUUGAUGUCAUUAAUCAACUUGAUAUUAAAAACCAAAAUAAAUUAGGAAAUGGAUGGGAAGAAAUUAUUAAUUCAAUAUUAAAUAAAUACAUGGCAAUUGUUCAACGCUGGAAAGAAGGUGGUCAACCUAUAAAACUAAGAAAUAGACAAAAAAGUCUUUCUUCAAAUACACCGUCAUCUUCUAGUUUAGGUGUUACUUUUGCAUCAAGUUAUGAUAGUAAAGAUUCAUCAAAAAAUAUAACAGAAGAUAAUCCCUUAUCUAUAAUAAAUAACUCAUUAUAUAUUUCAUCAGAUUUAUUAAAUAUUGUUAUUGAUGAUAUUAUUCCAAUUAUUACAAUGGCAUUUGAUGAAAAUCCAAUAGGAAAUAUUAUUGAUUUAGGUAAACAAUUUGAACACAAUUUAACACAACCUGGAAGUGAUAUGGGAAUUAAUGUCUCAUCUUUAAAUAUUUUAAAUGAACUAGCAAAAAGAAAUCAAUUAAAUAAUAAAUGGAGUAAAAUUAUACUUAAUGGAUUUAAUAAUGAUGAAUUCUUUAAUAAAUCAAGUAAUCUUUUAACAUUAUGGAAAGCACCGAUUUAUUCAGUAUUUUCUAGUAAUAAUGCUAAAUUAUUAUUUGAUUUCAUUUCAAGUAUUAAUAAAGGAAUAUUAGGACAAGGACUCCUUGUUAAUAAAGAAAAUGAAUCAAUUUUAAGAGCAAAAAUAUUUAAAAGAAUUGCAUUUGUAAUUUAUUGUGGAGAAAAAGAAGCAUUUGAUAAUUUUAUAGAUCAAAAUCAAUCAUUAAUUGAAAAUAUAUUAGAUAGAUUGAUUGAUUCAAUUAAACAAUACCCAUCAGAAAUAUUACAUAGUUGUGGAUUUUUAUUAUUAAGAGUUAUGUUACUUAAAUGUUCUUUUAAUAAAUUAAAGAAAAAGAUGCCAACAAUAUUAAAUGAAUUAAUAACUAUAUUUAAUUUACCAUUUGACAAAGGGUCUAUGUCUGUUUUAAGUGGACUACAAUUAUUUGAUAUGUUACAACUUAUACCAGAUUGUUCAAUUGAUGUUCAUUCUUGGAUUUUCCUUCCAUCAUUUAUUCCUGAUGAAUCAUUUGAUAAUUCUAAAUAUCAACCAUUAAUUCCUACUCUUAUAUUACCAAGUAAUGAUAGUAAACCAUGUGUUAAUAAACCAAAUAUAUCAUAUGAAGGUUUAACUCAGUUAAGAGAACUCAUUAUUAAAGAAAAGAAAUUAGUUGAUAUGCAACAAUAUCAACUCUUAAGAACAAAAUUAAAUUAUUACUCACAAGACCUUUUCUAUAUGACUUCUCGUUCUGAUGAAAUAGAUAUUAAUUCAACAAUUAGAGAUUUGUUAGAUAACUUUAGUGAACAGUAG